GCGAGAGGGAGGAGAAGAAAGAGAGAAGAGAAAGACAGCGUGAGAGAGAAAGGAAGAGAGAAGUGACUAAAUGGAGAUAGCGAGAAGGUGUGUGAGAGAGAGAGAGAAAGGAAGAAAUAGAGAUAGAAAUUAGUAUGAUAUUGGAGGAAUUACGGCGAGAAUGGACUUCCCAAUCCCAUAUAAGGUAUUUCCCUAAAAAAGGGAAGGGGGAAAGCAACAAUGAUGCCGGAUAUUCUCACAGGAUGUGUUAGCCCUGGACCAGCACUGAAAGGCGCAGGGUAGAGCCGGCUGUGUGUGUGUGAGAGUGUUUGUGUGGGAGUGUGUGUCAGUGAGGAUGUAAGAUUACCACAGGAGCAGCAGCAUGAGCAGAAGACUGCAGGGGAAAGUAACCAUUUCGAAGAGAGCACCAUGGCAGCCUACCUCUGGCUGGUCCUGGCUAUUGUCAGUGAUGUGGCAGAAUCCUUGUUACAUCCCUCACACCAGCUCUCCCACUGCCGAGUGGUACAGAAUGAUGUGUACUGCAACGAUCUGAACCUGAGGACUGUUCCGGCCAAGCUUCCUCAUGAUAUUCAAAAGCUGGAUCUAUCUCGGAACCUUCUACAAAACCUUACCCAAGAGGUUCUAUCAAUCUACACCACCGUUCAUCAUCUGAACCUCCACUCCAACAAGAUCCAGUUCAUCCAGCCGGGUCUGUUCAAAGACAUGACCAAUCUGCAAGUGCUGGACCUCUCCAGUAAUUACUUGGAUGUUUUCGCUGUUUUGAAAACCAGCAUUGGGCCUCUUGCGGCCGUGAAGAGGCUUGACCUCUCAGGCAAUGGCCUGUACACAGGGAUGACCGACUUCUUUCUCAGUGAAGCCCCAGAACUCAUUAACCUUUCUCUGAAUGGCAAUAGUAUCACCAAAGUGGGCAAGGAUACCUUUUGUGGAUCUUUGGCCUUGAGAAACAUUGACCUUCACAACAAUGUCAUCUUAGAGAUCGAUGAUGGAGCAUUUGACUCGCUGAUCCAUCUGUCCGAGCUUGAUUUGUCCAUUAACUCCAUCACUUGUAUCACUGACUUUAACCUUUCCCAACUGAAGGUGCUGAACCUCAGUAGGAACAGCAUGGAGUGCUUCCAAACCACAGACUCAGACCUAGAGUACGAGCUCCUCUACCUCGACCUGAGGGAAAACAAGAUCCACUACUUCCCUGUUCUCCCAAGAAAAAACAAGCUCAUGUACCUGGAUUUGUCCAGGAACCGCCUGAUGAGCAUCAACACCACGGGGACAGCGGAUGAGAUGGAGCACUUCAGAGACACGUUUGUGCCUCACACACAGUCAGGUGGAACCAGCCUACACCAGGACCUCUCAAGGCUUAUGUACCUCAACAUGAGCUACAACCAGAUCAAUAGCAUACCGCAGUCUUUCUUCUGCAGCAUGGUGUCCCUUGAGCACCUCAACAUCAGUAAUAAUUGUAUCAGGACCUUUUCUGUAGAUCAGGAGAGCCCUCUGAACUCUCUGAAGACCCUGGACCUGAGUUACAAUGCCCUACAGAAACUCUCGUUUGGGGAGAACACCCUAAGGUCACUGCAGGAACUCUUCUUACAAGGGAAUGUUCUCAGAAACAUGGACUCUGGACCGUUCCAAAGACUGCCCAGCAUCAGAGGCCUUCACCUCCAGCAGAACUACCUGAAAGUCUGCCCCUCACAGCGAAAACCACCACAGACAGACCACAACUCCCAGGAUCCAUCAGGCUGUGUCUCCUUUGCAUCCAUACCAAGCUUGCAUUUCUUGAACCUCUCUGGAAACAGUCUUGAAGUUCUGCCACCAUAUGCCUUCAAUGGCACCAUGCUCAGGUUGCUGGACCUGUCCCUAAACCCAGGCUUGGAUAUUCACCAGAAUUCUUUCUCUGGUCUGGAGAACUUCCUAACUCACCUGUCAUUGAGAGAGAACCACAUCACAGAACUGAACACAGACCUUUCCCUGUUAAGCAGUCUCAAAUUUGUGGACCUGUCCACCAACAAGCUGAGCGCUCUCCCCUUGUGGAACAAGGAGCCCUCCAUAGAGUCCCUGAACCUGCAGAACAACAACCUAGUCACCCUGGAGUACGACACAGUCGUGGUCCUGGAGCGGACGCUCAAAACCCUUUACAUGGGCUCAAACCCCCUCAGUUGCUGUAGCAACCCCCGCUUCCUCAACAUGCUCCAACGCUCCAAUGUGGUCGUCCCGGACAUCGCCACAGUAACCUGCCAUUACAUGGAGAAUUCAAAGCUAGUGGAGUUGAACAUUAGGAGCGUGACGCAGGAACAGUGUCAGAAGCUGGACAGUACGAGCGCUAGCAUCAUCGUCAUUGUGGUGAUGGCUUUGGUGCUGAUCGUGGUGCUGGUGGUGCUCUCCAAGGUGUGCCACCUCAGGAGGCGUAACCUCAACAGUAGCUUCAGGGCCUGAAGAAUGUGUCCUGUGAUUGGGGAGAAAGAGAUGCUGGAAAUGUGUCUCCUCAGAGGGACUACUAAGCAGAGAAUUUUCUAUGUGACUUUAUUACAUUUUAUCAUCCAGGAAGUACUGUGACUCAUUUUGGGUCAGAUUUGUGGUUUAUAGAAUUAUCAUAUUAUUGAAGAUGUUGUUCUCUUCUUCUAGGGAAUAACAGACAGUCAUGUGAAAACCCAGGAGUAUGAUUGUGGUCACUUUUCAUAUAAUUAGCAUCAUCAUGUGCACAUACGGUUUAUAGACAUUUAGCCAUUUCCACUUGGGCAAAAUAUUUUAUGACUGCACAGGGUCAGCUGAUAUGCAUUAAAUUUGCUGAUCCAGAUUUAUGGCCAAACACCAAGGCCUCUCUUUAUCAAUGCUGUAGUUUGCACUUUCAUUUGAUUGUAUUUGUCGUUUUUUUACAUUAUUAACCUGAUUUUGAAUGUGUGUUUGAUGCCACUAAAUUACACUAAGUAGGGAGAGCAUAACGCAAAAAUCCCCACCAAUGCCAUGUAAUGGCAGAGUGGAGAGCCAACUAAUUUCAACAUCAGCACAUCAUUACGAAACCACAGGGUUUGAAGGUUAUGGCUGCAGUUCUUUAGAUGACUGUGACACUACAAUAGUAUACACUUUGUGUUUUAUAGAAUUUACAGUUCCUAUUUAUGGGACAUAAAUAGGAAGUACUGUGUAGAAGUGAAUUGUUUCACCCUCUGUAGGAUAGUUACAGUGAAUAUUAUUUUCAUAACAGAAUGUUUGUAUUUUUCACUGGUAGAUGUACAGUAGGUAUGGUGCGGUAAGUGGAGACCAAAAACAGGAUUGAAGCAAUAACUCCAGAGGAAGCAGUACUGUCGGAACACCUGCAGUAAAAAAAAUUUUUUAGCUUGUUUUAACAGCUUGUAGGGCACUGCAGAUACCUUUCCUGUUUUUGAUGAACUCACUCUCGAAAAAGCCUGUACUAAAUAAUUAUGCGCAAUUUUACAACGCUGGGUUCCAGCAAUGUGGUUUUCCCCUUGAUAUAAAAUAUAUUUCCCCCCCGAAAUCCUCUCCGGUUGCUACCAUACAUGGAGAGGCUGUGAAGGCAAAUGAGCGGUUUGAUAAAUUAAGUGAUACAGUGGAUCAGUGAGGCUUUAACAGAAACAAGGACCUGUUUUGUUUCACUGGAGAGAAGAAGCCUUUUUAAUGCAUUCUAAUCUGGCCCUUAGUUCUUUAGGUUUUCUCCCUACAAUAUGUCAGUUGAAUGACAGAGUGGAGUGAGAGAAGAUAACACCAACCCAACUCUUUCUUCACAGAGAAUUUGGCAAAGCUUAAUCAAUGCUGUAGUGAACCCCUGCCAGACUGAAAUCCUUAAUCGCGUAGCAUUCAGCUUUUCCCACCACCAUCUCCAUGAUCAACUUCAUAUCAAUCAAAAUCAUGUAAUUGCAAGGAUUUGAGACAAUCAAUGUUGUUUUUGAAGAUAGAUUGCUUCGCUAUUCAUGUGGAAGCUAUCCAUGUUGCAUUUGUUCUCGUAAAGAGAUCUUGCCCUUAUUACCUGCAUAGGCCGAGCCCACAAGACCAAUCAUGAACACUAGAAAUUCCCCAAUUAUGGAUUGUCCUUACCCAACACUUGCCCCAGCAGGUCAGUGAGAAUGAUGAGGAGGAGAGCUUGUGACAAGAACAAUGCAGUUACAAAGUGACAACAAGGACUGACCAACCUGUAGAGAGUUCAUUGAAUUACAUUUGUUUUAGCUUUCUGCCUUUUAUAUAGGACAUUGUUACAUACAUACUGAAUUCACACAGUUGUCAUUCCUAUUAAGUCUGUAUUACAGUGCAUUUCUAAGUUGAAUGUCAUAGAAGGUAGGAUAUGAUUCCUUACUUUAAUUUGUAAUGUUAGGGACUAUUUUAAACAAGAAAAACAAGCCUGGUGAGGAAAGUAUGUCCUAAACCAUAUGAAUAGAUAUUUAUUUCAGAGAUAACACUAGAAGAAGAGCAGUUCCAUCCUGUUUCUCACUGUGACAUGCUGAGUCACAGUCAAUGCAUUUGGGGUAACCCUCUUGUUCUGCUUUUUUCCCUCUCGUAUGACUGAACUUCCAAUGAAACCGCCAAAGGUCAAACUAAUGUAUAGAGAUGACAAGAUAAGUCACCUGCUGCUUGAAGUGACAUCCACCAUUGACUACAGUCAAUGACCAACAUUUUACAUAAAUUGACACUACAAUGAUAAUAAAAUGUCAUAAGUCACACGUGUAUCAAAAUGUUAGGUUGGCUGUUUGGAUGCCAUCCAGGCAAGUCAAAGCUACGGCUGUGCAUGUUACAGCUAAUAAAGAAAGACUAUUAGCAUAAAUGGAGAAUGGUUUUGAUGGUGUUAUGUCAAUUUCGUGACAGUGUUACGUACAGUUUUAUGCAAUGUUAAAUUGAAGUUGCACUCUUGCUUCUGUGUUUAUCUGUUCACUGUGUUUUACAUGUACAGCAUUUGAAGGAUAUUACAAUGAAUAUAUUAUGAACUACUGUAAAAUAUAUAUAUUUAUAUUGUUUGUAUUUUCUUAAGUAAAUUAUCUAUGUAACAGAAUAUAUUGUCAUAGUUUUUUUAUAUGAGCUUUAAGAGCUAUGCAACUAACCAGAAUCAUUUUCAUUGGGCACAAAACAACCGAAAAAAAGAGAGGAGGGACUACCUGGAUUUUGUCCAAUAAGAAACACUCAUUUGUAUUUUCUAUUUAAUGUUGUAAAUCAUUUCCCACAGAAUGCCCUAAAUGAACAUGAACCAGGUCAUUCAUUUUCCUGAGCAGAUGAGACAGGGGCUUCUAAUGCAAUUUGACCAAGUCUCUCUUGGAAAAAACCUGUAUAAAUACAUUUUUAAAAACCCUGUCAUGGUUAUGGGAAGACGCUUAAUAAUAGAACUGACACCGUUGCCAGUAAAAGGUUCUCUGAUUUGUUUCCCUGGGCACAGAUAGCACAGUGUACUAUAUUCUCCACUGAGAACAGUGGCCUAUCAUCUCUAUUUGUAUAACCUAAGGGUCUGAGAUCUGCUGAUCUGGCAGCCAUACAGCAGCACAAGUCCCCUCAAACCCCUCAAAACAGGAUGCAGGCUCAUGGGAAAGACCUCAGGACACAUAAAUAUAAACUGACGUCUUAUUGGCUGAUUCAUUUCCAAAUGGACCAACCCCUAUCGGUUUGUUGUGUUGUUUUGUGUUGCUUCCUUCUUUUGUUGUGUUGUAACCUCUCACUGUGGUUAACGCCGCAUGGUGAAAAGGUGUGCUGCAAGAUUCCAUUUCUAAUAGUGUGUUUGGAUCCUGUCAUGGUCAAAAGUGUCCCUGCUUACCCACAGAAAACCAGGGGUGUGUGUGUGUGUGUUAAAAUAAACCAUUGUUUCUGAGGUAUUUGUGAAAUAAGGCCUGUGUUAUUGGAUGUGACACCCACAGGGAUCAUCUUAAUAAGAUUAUAUACUCUUUCGUCCUGAAACCCUAAAGGAGCACACACUUAUUUUGUGCAUCCUCUCAAAGCCUGAGUUGAAUAUUGCACUUUAGACCCUGCACUUUUUAAUUAAAAUAAAUUCACCCAACUCCUGUGUUAGAUUGCUGAGGUAAAUUCCAAACUGAGAGCCAGCGAAAGUUACAAACCACACUUGGUUCUUAUUUAUUUGGUUACAUGUACUGUACCAUUACCUCGCCGAUAACCGUUUGACGAUUUCUUUAAUAAACUAGACCUUUCUUUCAACAUGAGCACAAGGGCUUGACAGCUCUAUGUCUGGUAGUCUGUUCAGGUGAUCACAAACUCUGGAAGUCCCGGAGUACCAAAAUAAGUUAUUGGAGCGACCAUUACUACUAGAGUAGUAAGCAGGGUGAGUGUUCUAUGUCAUUAUUCACACUGGCCCCAAUCCAAAGGGCCCCUAUUGAUUGCGCAGUAAGGGCCACUUUUAUAGACUAGUGACAGAGGCCUGGGGAGGCUCACCAUCACAGACUGAGUGCUUCCUUCCCUCAGCCCCUGGGACCUGUGACUCAAAGAUCCCCCAUAAGCAGGACAGGCAGUUGGGUAAUUUACUGUCUGAGCAGGCAUUUGGUACAUGUACCAUGAACCUAUCAGAGGGAGUAGUAUUUGAUGUUGGGUGGGAAAUGCCUGGGCAUCUGUGUCAUGAAUGGCGAUAGGAGGGACACCACAGUCGAUGAGCAAAACGAUUCACAUAUUAGUAAGGGCGUGUCAUCAAAAUAUUUAAGCCACAGUAAAGCUUUCACUUUCUGCCAAGUCACCCCAUAUGUAUAAGUAAUGGUGAGUGUGUAUAUAACAGAUAAAUAGCGCCUUGAUUCAGAUGUUACUCAUAAGUCAGAUGUAAUGUCUCAAAAUAGUUCCAACUCUUUGGCCUUCCUUACAGUAGUGUACUGUUUCAAUAACAGAGGUAGGUGGAUAAUGUUAUUCUGCAAAGCAGACAACUCAUUUCUUAAACACAAUAGAACAUGUUAUGUCUUUGCUGCUAUACUAACUGUCAUGUCAUUAUCCGCCCUGCAAAUACCAGGAUUUUGUGGUUUUCCCCAUCUAACCUAAACAAUGUGAGGGAUGACAUUGAAACCUCAACACAUGGACAUUUGGUUACAUAAAGGUGGGCUUUAGUGCCACAGGAGCCCCAAACUGAGACUGUUUACAUGAACUAACAGACGUAAUCUGCAUCCUCAUCCUCAGAAUCCAAAAUCUGAUUGGCAUGAAGAUCAAAACAACUGCUCCAGACUCAAUUUGUUUGAAAAUUGUGUCUCCCAUCCACCCAAAGUGUCUAGCAGUCCCACGCUGGGGAGUUAACUCCAUGUUAAGUAACCGACAAUCAACACUCUGUACGUGCAUCUCACAAUCCAGGCACACAGUAUUACACAGAGCCAUGACUACAUGGAACUCUAUUCCACAUCAAGUAACUGACGCAAGCAGUGAAAUUAGAUUUUU